AUGCUAAGACGUCAGGCCACCACCAUCAAGCUCACUCCAGAAGACAUCUUGGAGUACGAUGACUCCUUGGCCCAAAAACAGCUCCAGCGCCAGCAGGAACAACAAAAAGACCAGGCUCACCGCAGUAUUUUGCAAGAAAGAGACGAGGGCAAUACCACCCAGAACUACAAGGAUGAAAGGGGACGCGAUGAGCUCCCUGAGAACAGCGUGCAAUAA